GGUUCCGGCUCCGGCUCCGUCAGCGCGCCGACAUGGCGGCAGGCAGCGCUGACAAGUUUUCGGUGCUGCUGCCCACCUACAACGAGCGGGAGAACCUGCCCCUUGUCGUCUGGCUCCUGGUGCGCACCUUCCAACAGAGUGGGAACAACUUUGAAAUUAUCAUCAUAGAUGAUGGAAGCCCGGAUGGAACACAGGAAAUUGCUAAACAGUUGGAAAAGAUAUAUGGGUCAGAUAAAAUACUUCUAAGACCCAGACCAAGAAAGUUGGGCCUCGGCACUGCUUAUAUUCAUGGAAUGAAGCACGCCACUGGGAAUUUCAUUGUUAUUAUGGAUGCUGACCUGUCUCACCAUCCAAAAUUUAUUCCUGAGUUUAUCAGAAAGCAGAAAGAAGGCAAUUUUGAUAUUGUAUCUGGAACAAGAUAUAAAGGAAAUGGAGGAGUAUAUGGCUGGGAUUUGAAACGAAAAUUAAUCAGUCGUGGUGCCAAUUUCAUAACUCAGGUUUUGCUGAGACCAGGUGCAUCAGACUUAACAGGGAGUUUCAGGUUAUACAGAAAAGAAGUCUUACAGAAACUGAUGGAAAAAUGUGUUUCUAAAGGAUACGUUUUCCAGAUGGAGAUGAUUGUUCGGGCUCGACAGUUAGGAUAUACUAUUGGAGAGGUUCCUAUUUCAUUUGUGGACCGUGUAUAUGGAGAAUCUAAACUGGGAGGCAAUGAAAUAGUCUCCUUCUUAAAGGGACUCUUGACCUUGUUUGCUACAACAUGAUGGUUUAUACCUAAAUUAACUUUUCUAGAAAAUAUGUUCUGACAUCUCUGUGGUUUUUAAUUUAUAAUAGCAGAAGGUCGAUAAUUUGUGUGGUGCCCAGAAGACCUGCUAUAAACUAACAAUUAAAUGAACCACGAACAAUAAACUGAAUAUAUUGUAUCCCAAAAUACUCCUUUCAAAAUAUAUGAACUGUAUGUUAAACUAAAAACUAAUAAAGACUAAUGCUGUAUUCUAUUUUUGUAAAAAUAAUGAAGCCUUAAUAAAGAACACAAAGCUAAAUGAUCUUUUGCCUUUAGAAAUGAAUCACUAUUCAGCAGGAGCUAAAGAUGAUUUCAAAAUAAAGACAAGCAAGGACAUAAAAAAUUUGCAGAAUUUCUUAUCUUUGUUCUUUCGUUUGCAGAUAGUAUUUUAAAUAUAUACCAAUAUAUACCUUUCUUUCUUCAGCACAUACAUAUCUGUAUGUUAAAGCAGAUCAUGAAACAGUUAAUGCAGAACUGAUAAUAGCUUGGGUAGUUUAAGAGGAAAUACAGAUGAGUACAGUGAUUGAUUCUUUGUAAAAUUGUUCCUGGACUGGAAAGAAGGAAUAUUCUUUGGAAAAGAAAGAAUAUUGUAUGUAUGGAAUAACUUUC